UGAGCUGCAGCACUCUCAAACCAAACCUACCUGGCAGGCUCACCAUGCUCAGAUCAGGCACACCCCGACGACUCAUCUCCUGCAUGCUGCUGCUCCUCGUCACCCUCUCCAGCUCAGCGGAGAGCUGGCCUCAGGUGGCCCACGAAGGGACACCUGAUGAGAACAGCCAGAGGGUGCAGCUUCUGGAAGCGGUGAAGAUGGGGAUCCUCAGCUUGUUGGGUGUGGACAGGGAGCCCAGGCCGACCCAAAAGGCCUCGGAAGAAGAGCUGAGGAAGAUGUAUCAGCUCUACAGGGAGAAAGUGAGAGAGAUGAGAGGGAAUUCCAGCCAGCCGAUGAAGGAAACCUGGCAAUCCACCAUGUCUACUGUGCUCUUUCCAGCUACAGUGGAGCUUGUAAAAGUGGUUCGGAGGGGAGAACACUCACAUCCACGUUCAGGUCAACGCAUGCAGUGGUACAGAGCUGUUUUCCACAAGAACCCCAAAAUCAAGACUGAACUGACGCUAGCUCGGGCUGAGCUGAGGAUUUCCAGGCAGAUUUUAGAUAAACCCACUUCAGUUCAGCCUGAGGUUAGACGAAAGAUUAAAGUCAGAGUCAACAGGAUGAAGCCAAAGAACUCCGCCGCACGGACACACAUAAACUCUGCCAACAUGUCGAGCACUCAAGAUGUGAUGCUGGACAUCAGCCCUGAGGUGGAGAGGUGGAUGAGGACUGAUGGCGGCGAGACACUGGUUGUGGAUGUAGGGGUAGUUGUGGGUGAAAAAGACACCCUCACUGCAAACCCAACCAUUUCUCUGGAGCUUGGCCUCACGCCGACAAAACCAACCAGCAAGACGAGGCUGCCUCGCUCCAACAAGGAAGACGAGUGCGAUGAACAAGGAUUUUGCUGCCGGAAGGCUGUCACCGUGUCCUUCAAAGACAUCGGCUGGACGGACUGGGUGGUGGCCCCGAGUGAGUACACGAUGCAUUUCUGUGACGGCACCUGUCCCCACAACUACAAGCCUGCGAGCAUGCACACACAGGUGAAGUCUCGGUUGCAUCAGAUUACCAAAGGAGAAUCACCUCGCCCGUGCUGUGUGCCUGGGGCCUACGAGCCCAUGGUCCUCAUGCACUAUGACAGUAGGGGAAAGUUGAAGCUGACUCCCUUUGAGGACUUUAUUGUCACUAAAUGCCACUGUGCCUGAGGAACUGUGCCUUUUUUGUAACCUUAAACUUUGGGAGAGCAUUGCCACUGAAAAAAUAUGUUACAUGCUUGUUUUUCAACUGCAAUUAUCCAAUAAUACUUUAUUUUGAAGUUGAAAACAUACGUUACUGCUGCACAGAGUUUUGUUCUACAUAAAUCAAGCAGUAGAUCUGUUCGGUUUUAUUUAUUUUAAGUUAUAUUUAUGAUCCUAAACUUAUAUUUGUGUUUAUGUUACAGCAUAUUAUAGUACUAUUUAAUUCCAUUGCCACUUAUUAUUUGAAGUACUGUAUUGUUUUGUGAGGCGCAUGGGUUUAAAUGUUUUGUUUGUUGUCUUAUACAUUUCAAAAAUUACAUUAAGAGUGAAAUA